AUGAAGGUCACCGUAGCCACCGAGGAGGGAAAGUCUUCUCAAAUUGAGGUUUCCGGCGACACCGCCGUCUCCACCAUCAAGUCCCUCGUCUCCACCGAGCUAUCCGUGGGGCCUGGCGCCCAGGUGACCUUCAACGGCCGGCCUCUCGCGGACACCACCACCCUGGCGGGCGCCGGCGUGAGCGAGCAAGACUUGCUGCUCGUCACCAUGGGCGGCGGGGGCGCGUUCGGCGGGGUUGCGGCGGCUGCCCCCAAAGGUCCGACGCUGGCCGAUGUCGGCUCUGAGCCCGGGGAGAUGCUGGAGUUCUUCAAGAAGAACCCGCAGCUGCUCAGACAGCUACACCACGUGAAUGCUGAAUUAGCGGAGGCCGUGGAGACCGGGGACGUGGGCAAGGUGCGGACGUGCCUGAUGAUGCAGCAGAUGAACAGCCACAAGGCCAAGUGGACCAGGGAGACGGAGAGGGCGGCGCUGUUCGCCAACCCGGAUAGCGAAGAGAACCAAGCAAAGAUCCAAAAGAUGAUCGACCAAGAGGCGAUCGACCAGAACUAUCACAUGGCCAUGGAGGAGGCCCCAGAGGUCUUCGCACGCGUCAGCAUGCUCUACAUCGACACCGAGAUCAACGGCGUCCGAGUGAAGGCGUUCGUCGACAGCGGCGCCCAGAGCACCAUCAUGUCGGCGGCCUGCGCGGAGAAGUGCGGGCUGAUGCGGCUGGUCGACACCCGCUUUCACGGAGAAGCUCGAGGAGUGGGGACGGGGAAGAUCCUGGGAAGAAUACACAUGGCGCAGAUCAAGAUCGGGGAUCAUCACUUCCCGUGCAGCUUCACGAUCCUCCAGACAAGCGACGUGGACUUUCUCUUCGGCUUGGACAUGCUAAAACGCCACCUCUGCGUCAUCGACCUCAAGAGCAGCAUGCUUGGGCUGGGCAGCGCGGGGGCUAGCGUGCCGUUCCUGUCAGAGAAGGACUUGCCUUCCUCUGCGCGAGAGACGCAGGCGGAGGAUCUAGAGAACAAAAAGCCCGCCGCUGCUGAGAGUUCGGGGUCCUCCUCUUCGGUGGAGACAGCGCCGACUGGCGCCGGUGCCGGUUCGGCAGCACCCGCCUCCUCCGCUAUGGACACGGAAACCCCGGCGACCGCUUCUCCGGCUAGCGCAAGCGCCACGCCGGCGGCAGCGACAGCGUCAGCGGCAGGGGGGGCGGAGGAGGCUAAGGUUACUCAGCUGACGGCGAUGGGCUUUUCUAGAGAGCAGGCGGAGGGGGCGCUGUCGAGCACGGGGGGGGACGCGGAGCAGGCCGCGGGGCUCCUCCUGGCGCAGAUGGAUUUGUAGUGUUGUUUUUGAAAAUUGUGCGCGUGUGUGUGUGCCGCCACAGCAGCAGCACCAGCAGCACCAGCAGCACCAGCAGCAGCAGUGGUAUUGUAGCAACGACCUUCGCCCCGCCGUUCACGUCGAUGCAGCCGGUGGUAAAUGGAGAGAGGCUAGAACGAGAGAAAACAAAGACGGCCACGUAUUUUCGUUUUGUGGGUCGUCGUCGUGUGCCGUUAGGUCCUUGAUUCUGGUUCUUCUGGUUCUCUUGUGGUUCUCUUUUGUGUGUUUGUCCUCGAAUCUCCCGGCCAGUGUACCCCUGCACCGUAUCGUCCGUGGACGCGGUGGCCGUGGCGCGGCUUGGCGUGCUGUGCCCGUGUGAAGACGCCGGGAGGACUACCGCAAGAGGCGGAGGGAGAGAUCGCCCCCCCCCCCCC